AUGGUAAUCAUUCAUAGCAGUUAUAUAAGCCUGUGGCAUGUUUCAGAUCCUUUCGUCACUUACGCGGAGCAAAGCACAAGAUUGUAUGAUAAAAUGGAACGGGAUCUACUGGAAAAUGGACCAGUGUUCCUCAGACAAGGUGAAACGUCUCAGUCAUUGUCGCUUUCAGAUCUCUUCACACUGAAUGAUGGAAAUGUAUCACCUGUCCUCAAGGUUGCAAAUCCCCCAGUGCGAGCUAAUGUAUUACAUCUCAGCACAGAGUACUCUGUCCCAGUCUCGAGCGCUGUAAAAAAUGUGUUCAGUUCUUAUUUUGAAAAUACAAUCUGGUUUCAGGACUCGAAGCUGUACCACUUCAGCAUGUUUCAUGCAUCGCAUCACAUUGUCUCUGUUCCAGCAACAGAAGAUGAGGUUGAAGCAGAAGCAGCUUCUGUCAAAGCAGUUGCUAAUGAGCUUUGUCCUUUGGAGAUCGUAUUGGAUAGAGUUCUAUUAACUUCGACUGGUGUUCUUCUUGGAUGCUGGAAGGUUAAAUCUGGAGAUGAUCCCAUAACUAUCCGGUCAAAACUGAGAUCUGUGCUUCCACGAGCACCAGAGAAGCAACUUUAUGAUGCUGCAAUUCUUCAUACAUCAUUAGCAAGGCUUCUUGGUCCUCCAAUAUCUCAAACUGAGGCAAGUUUUUACUUAUGCUUCUGUCAGGCUGGUUCUGAUGACCAUCUCAAGCUUCUUCAUGAGUUAGUCGCAAAACUAAACAACCAAAUCCGAGGAUUCAAGGCAGUAGUAUCAGAGCUGUGGUAUGUAGAAGAGUAUGAUCUUUUGGCGCUCGCGUUGGGUGGAAGAAUGAAGAUUCGGUCGUUCCCAUUCGGCUGCUUCGCAAAGACCUAA